AUGCAACUUUCUCGUCACCCCCAACUUGUACAGUCGAAACCUGUUGCUUUGAGCUCGCCAAAGCGACAAUGGAAUCUGUUCCUGUCUCCUAAUCAUUACCAUCUCAGGAAUGCUUCCCACGUUACUUCUGACUUGUACAGUCCAAGUUCAAUGCCUUGGGCUUAUCAAGGCGAAGAUGCAACUAGGAAGGCUCCGAACAUGAUAUCCACAUUUCUAAAGCCGAGUUGGGCAUAUGGGCAGAAUAGCAGCAACAUCCCUAUCUGCAUCGCCGCAGAGAUGCCUCACCAGAAGAACCUGGCACAACGCGAUCUGCUCCUACAAGCACGAAAUAUUAUUCAAUCAGAGGACCUGAUGAUGUCACACAAACCCAAAAUGAUCGCUAAUCAAGGAGGCUUUAGCUUAUUCCGGAUGAUGAACGACAUGGAACGGAGGCUCGGUAUUCAAGAGGAGAAGCUCAAUAUCCAAUCGGAGAUUCUCAAUACCCAAGCGGAAAAGCUCGAUAUUCAAAAGGAGAAGCUCGGUGUCCAGAAGGAGACGCUCGAUCACCAACAGGAGAUGCUCACGAGAAUGGAGAGGAUAGAGAUACUUGGACGCAUCGCCGGAUUGGUGCAUGUAAGUACAGAGAGCAAGCGCUUCAACGCAGCGCAGCAGGAGAGGAAUGCUAGCGUCCACGGUGCAAAUAUCAAGUUGGAUCUGGAAGCUCUUGACUGGAUGCGAAACAAUAACGAGGAGGAGAGACGACCCGCCGCCAUCGAAGGAUUUGAGAAGAUCUAUGACUUGCCUAUAGGCCAGGGCUAUUCUCUCGAUCGUACAGCGCCAAAAGACAUCAUAGAGGCUGUGAACAAAAGGAGUGAUCUCAAUAAUCUUCACUGUUACCUCAACAGUCGACACCACAAACAAGAAAUCGAGAACAUGAAGGAAGUUUGCACUGCUAUUAUUGAUCUGUGGGGACGUCAUGCCGACCUUGAACAUGAUGAGAUUAGGGUAAACCUUUCCGAACUUCAACGGUUGCAUGGGCUCUGGCGCUCUGGAGAAGACGAACGACUGCGCAUCUUCUGGGAAGAAGAGAAAAAGGCCAUGGGGCUCGAGUGA